AUGACUUGGCAAGCCAUGGAAGGCAAGGAAAAUCCCUCAAGAAGUACCCGCGAGGCGCGGCCGCCGAUCGCCCGCCCGUCUUCGUCGCCUUCCGCCGUCAACACGACCACUGAAGACAGCAGCACGCGAGACUCCUCGUGCUGCUGCUUUGCUUCAGCCUCCUCUUCCACCCCGCCGCUCGCCUCUGCAGACUCGUGUCUACCCGCCGACUGCGCAACCCCGGUGUACGUACACCGCGCGUUUACUGGGAAUGUGGGGCGGGUCCUCCGUUGCUGCCUUUGGGUCGGCCUCUUUUCUGUCUUUCUUCGUCGCAUCUCCUCUGUCUCCUGCUCUGCCGAGAGCCGCCGCUCCGGAGUUCCAGCGUCGCAGCCCGCAACGCCACUCGCAGUGCGGCUGCCGCCUUCGUCACCCCGUUUCCUCCGCACUCCGUCGCCUUGUGCGCGUUUGCCCAGACAGAAGCAACCCGCUUUCUUUGUCCCUGCCUCUCUCUUGAGCGCCGCCGCGUCCUCGCGAUGCGCGCAUGGAGCGUCGCCCUCCUCUCUGCCUUCUGCGCCUUUCGUUUCCGCGUCGUUCAGCGAGACGUCUCUUCGCUUUAACCUGCCUCCGCUUUUAUCUUUUGUCACAUCUCCGCCUUCGCAUUUCUCGCUGGGUUCGCAGCGCGCCUUGUCUGGUUCUUCGGGUACCGCCUCUUCUUCCUCUUCUGCAGCCUCCUCUUCAGCUCGUUCGCGGCAUGCGUCACUCGCCCCCCUCGCGUCGACAGCUUCUGCGCAGUCCCUGCCUCUCUCAUCUCCCCUCUUUCCUUGUCUCAGCUCCGUGCCACUCGCAUGCAGCGCAGGUGUUUCGCGGCUCGGGGCUGGAAGGCCCUUCGCGGACGCUCCGAGGCCGCCGCUUGGAGAAGACGACAGCAGCCCGCCGCCGAGUCUGACGCUGACGGAAGCCGAUCUCGCCUUUUACCGCGAGCUCGGCGUGUCUCCGGAGGCGCCUUGGUGGGAGGUCCAGCAGGCGUUUCAGGUGAAGCACGACCAGCUGGAAGACGAAAAGAAACAGACGCGCAUGCAGGAGGCUUUUGAGCAGGUCGCCGGCAAGCGAUUCAAUCAGGACUUCCUCGCGAUCUGCCGCAAAUACGACACUCACCGCGCCGAGGCAGGUCGCCCGUGGUGGCGGCGAGCCCUCGCGUGGACCUUCGGCCGCUCCAAACGCUCAGUGAGCGACCUCGAGUGGUUCAGCGGCUUCCCUAGCGAAGAAGAUCCUCUCUACAUGAGCCAAGUCGACGCGCCGAAGGAGAUCAAAGACAUCAUGAUGGGGCUGGGCGACAGGAGUGGCGUCUUCAGAGACGUUUCCAAGCUCGAUCGGGACCCGCGACCCGAGGGCCUCUUUCGCAGGUUUGAGGUUGAGCGCCUGUGGUCGACCGGAGGCUUUUUCGUGCCUCUGUCGCUCGCGAGCUUGUCGUCGCCCAAACUUAUCACGCCUGCUUUGACAACUGCGUUUGGUUUGGCCGCCAGCACGAUGGCGAGGAAAGACGGAUUGACGGCCCCCGAGGCGGAGAGGGCGACAAAGCGUUUCCAGCCUCCGAGCUUGCGGACUUUGCUGUGGACUGGCGGUCUGCUCGCUCUUCACGGCUGCCUCGGCGUCAUCAGCGCCUCGGCCUUGCUUUCCGCGAUCGGCCGGCUGCCCCUGGGACUACGCGCGGAGAGCGUUGUUUCGGCGGCGGUAAUUCUCCAGUGGUGGCUCACCGCGAUGCUUUACCGCACGCAUGAGCCUGCGGAGGACCUGAGCGUGGAAGACGAUAUCGCAGAGGACAUGGACGAAGAGGAAGACAGACCUCCGCCCCCCCACUAUCCCAUGGAGGGCGGCGGAGAUGACUCGAGCGGCAACGACGAUCUAGACGGCCCGCUGGAUGAGUAG